AUGAAUUACAAUUUUGACAUUCAUAAAAGCAAACAAUUAGAUAUCCUUGAUCCUAUUUCCAUUGAAGCUUACGGAAUUAUAGACUCUUGCCAAGUUAAUAUGCAUUUAAGCACUUCAUUAAUGGGCGGUUUAAAUAUUGAUGGUGAUGAUAACGAAUAG